AUGUACGCAGCCUCAAACCGAGCUACUGUCAACGGGAACAUCCCUCCUCCCCGGACUGCGGCUCAAGUCCUGCAAGAGCAGCAGCUUCGACAAACCCGAAUCCAGUCCUUCCUCAGCGACAACAGCGGCCCCAAUACCAUGCUUUCUCAAGCCACCACCUCGGCCGAUGAGUCCAUAGCCAGGCGUCAGACCGAAACAGCCCGCAAGAUUGACGACAUCACCGCCGGUCUCAGCGGCUGA